GUUAGCGCUAUGUAUAUUUUAGGUAAAAUAUAUAUUAAUGGACUUUAUGAUGUAAAACCAGAUUUUAUUAAGGGUGAUCUUUAUCUAAAGAGGGCUUAUAAUGGUGGUGAAAAAGAAAGGGCCUGGGCUAUUUAUGAGAAAAAAGCUAAAGAAUUGGUUUCUAGUGGUCAAUUAAGUAAGGUUCCUCUUGAACAUAUUUGGGCCAAUAGUUAACAUCAAAUAUAAAAAUUUAUUAUUAUUAUUAUAAUUAAUUAGAUUCUAUUUCGCUUGUAAUAUUUUUCUUUUUUUUUUUUUUAUGUAUAAAAAAUAAUUUGAUAAUAAAUAAUAUAAUAUAUUAUAU